GUAAGAAUAAGAUGCACUGAGAGGUCGUACUUUUGACUAAGAUAUUGGGCCUUGAGUCCGCAGUGUCCCCAACCACAGAUUGAUAUUGGACACCUUCUGCGGCUUCCAAGCGACUUACCAAGCUCGAAGCUUGAAGAGGAUGAGUUCAAAUGUCUAAAUCUCAAUGUACAUUGCCCAUCAUCGGUGUCCCAAGGCGAAGCUUCUUUGCCAGUAGUGUUAUGGAUUCACGGAGGUUCGCAGGUAAUGACAUUCGGAUCACCCUCCACAGCAGUCUUUGAUCCCACAAGACUGGUUGUGCAAUCUAUUUCAUGCGGCAAACCCAUAAUCUACGUCAGCUUUAAUUACCGCUUGAACAUAUUCGCGUUUGGCGAUGGGAAAGGGGAAGUGAACCUUGCGUUGCAAGACCAGCGACUAGCAAUCAAAUGGGUCAGUGACCAUAUUUCAGAGUUUGGGGGUGAUCCGAACAACAUAACGUUAGCUGGCGAAAGUGCCGGGGCUGUGUACACACAUGCACACAUACUCACGAGAGCACCGGUGAACAGGGCCAUCCUUGUGUCCGGCUCAUUGUACCUCUCACCGCCUCUUCCACAAGCCAUCGGUGCUGGUUUGGUACAGCGAUUGGAGAAGGCAGUUCAAGAAGAAGAGAAAAGGUCAUUACGGCAUGCUUCUGCUUCAUCCUUGGUAAAGGCUCUAACUACAUGCGGCAUCAAUUCAAUGUGGCUCCAAGAUGAGCCGUCGUUCCAUGGUUGGCAAGAGAAAUUUGAGACUGUAAAAAGUCUCAUGAUCGGUGACGUCGAGUACGAGUCUGUUUUGUGGAGGAAUGGGAUCGAAACAAUGUCAGCCGACGAGAUUGCUGACUGCUUUGCCGCCGCCGGCGAAUACGCUCCUAAUCUAAGCAGGCUUUACCACAUCAAUCGCAGCCGUCCCACACAAUGCAAAUACGGUGCGUUGGACUUCAUUAAUGAUUCUCGCUUCGCACUUCCUGUAGACAGCAUCGCAAAGCGCUGGGUACGAGAGAAGAAACCAGUCCAUCAAUUUGUGUUCGAUGAGUCGAAUCCUUGGCAGUCCUCCAGUCGUGCCCACCACGCCAACGACCUGAGUAUUCUCUUUGGUGGUAUCGACAUCUCGCACAAUCGAGGAGCUGAGCAGGUUGGUCACCAUUUGAGAGAGAGUUGGAUAGUGUUUGCCAAUGGCGAAUCGCCAUGGCCUGCCGGCAAGAUAUAUGCCUUUGGGCCCCAUGGAUUAUGCAUAGGUCUGAGCGAUGAUGAGUACUCACUGAGGCGAAGAACUAUGUGCUUCGAAUACCUGAGAGAAAUGGGCCUUGCACCUGCGAAUGCCGUGGUUGGACGGUUGGCUGCGGGACGUAUCAGCCUAUUGAACUGAUAGAAAUUUCGAAACGAAUAGUAUUUAUUCUGCUGAUCCAUGCACG